AUGUCGGCUGAUAAUAUUGAAAAGCUUUAUCAGAACUACGGUAUCCUGGCCGAUGCUAAAGAUGACAUAUCAAAGCAUGAGAAAGAAUAUUUGGAGAUUUUGGCAGCAGUAAAAGGGUCCGACAAAGAAAAACGCUUAGCGUCACAGUUUAUUGCUAAAUUUUUCAACAGUUUUCCUAACCUUGCCGAACAAGCCAUAGAAGCUCAAUUUGACUUAUGUGAAGAUGACGACGUUGCUAUCCGUAAACAAGCAAUAAAAGAUUUGCCAAUUAUGUGCAAAACUAAUAAGGAACAUACUCAACGAAUUGCUGAUAUUUUAGCACAACUUUUACAGUCAGAUGAUGCUACAGAAAUAAAUGUUAUUACAAAUUCCUUGGUGACAAUUUUAAAGAAUGACCCCAAAGGAGCACUGACAGGACUAUUUUCUCAGAUACACCAGAGUACAGAUAGUGAGGUCACCAAUGAUGUUAUCAGGGAGAGGUGCAUCAAAUUUUUGGCUACUAAAGUAAAACAACUCGGUAGGGAAGUUAUCAACAAAGAAGCAGAGGAUCUUAUAAUUGCAGAAUGCAAGAAAAUUUUAGAGGAUGUUGUUGCUGAAGAAUUUGAACACAUCAUGGACCUACUAACAUGGUCUCGACUAGGUAAAACCCCAGCAGGCAAAAAGGAGUUGACUCAACUAGUUGCAGCCCUUGCUUUUACCCCAGAUGACUGGAAUCCGGAAGAUCCUGAAUAUGUAGAUAGAGUGAUACAAUGCUCUCAACACGCUUUGCCUCUGUUUUCUGCUCAAGUAGAAUCCACACAGUUUGUCAAUUUCUUUUGUGAACAUAUUUUGGAGAAAUGGAAUGAUAUAGCUACAUCUGAAGGAAAUGAUACUAAGUUAGAAUUAUUGAAAAUAUUUGCUGAAAUAACUGAAUUUUGUGGAGAUUUGGAGAACUUGCAGAAGAAAGUUGAUACUGUUUAUGAUGUAUUAAUGAAUUACCUUCCAGAAGCACCGAUUGAAGGUGAAAGUGUAAAUGAAAAGUCUGAAACUGCAGAAAGUAAAACAGAAGAAGUUAAAACUAAUACAGCACCAUCAUUACAAUUUUCGCAUGUCGAAUGUGCACUGUUUGCUCUGCACUCUUUAUGCCGCAAAUCACCUGAAGUACUAAGUAAUGAUGCAGCACGUCUUAAGGCUCUCCGUUUACGGCUUCAAUACACAGCGAGAUUAACUCAAGGCUACAUAAAAAAAUUGAAGGAAGUGACAGAAGUCAAGAAAGCAGACAACUCGGAAGAAAAUAAAAUAAAAAUUACAGCACUGAAUACAACAUCUAACAUUAACACUCUUAUUCGAGACAUAUUCCGGACACCACCCAGCUUUAAAAGUAAAGUUCAGCUUUCAUUCCAAUCAAAAAAGACAGAGAAAAAGGAUAAGCUGUCUGAAACAUUGAAUGAGAAAGACAAAGAAUCAGGGGGUCAGAAACGCCAUCGACCAAUUACCUUUGACAAUGGAGAGAAAAAAGAAUCUCCUGAAAAAAGAUCACGAAGCGGUGACAGAAACUUAAAAAUGUACACACCACCGUCUGGCAAAUAUAGUUCAAGAUUGAACAAUAGUGGUCGAUUUACUGGAAGUUUUUCGGGGAGGGGUAGAGGAGGAUAUGGUAGAAGGGACUUCCGUAACAAUGGCGCCCAAUUUAGAAGGCGAAGCAACUACUAA